GAGUAAUCCGAGAAUAAAUGACAGGGUUUGACUGCCUCAACAAAUUUGUGUUCUCUCAAUCUAUAGAGGCAAGGCCAAGGACACCAGCUGUCUUCGCAUCGAUGAUAACCCCCGAGAGUUUGCAGCUGCCAGCGUCCUUGCAACGAAAAGAGCAUCCUUUUUAUGGAUGCAGCGCGUAACAGUGAAGACUUGCUUUUCCUCGUCCAAACAGCAGUCUUCAAUUCCUGUCGUCUCACAUAAUAUCUGUGGAUCAAGCUGCAGCUAUGGAGCACCUUCAAAUCAAGGACGAUGAGCCUGAAGCCUUGUCAUUAGAGCAGAUGCCUGAUGAGAUUAUCGGCCAUCUUCUCUAUUACCUUUCGCCAGAAGACAACUUAUUCGGCGUCCAGCUCGUGUCGCGUCGCUUCUACCGCCUCGUCAAUGCACCACUUCUCUGGAAGUAUUACUGCCGCACUUCUCUCAAAUAUUGGAGUCCGCAUCACAGGCUUGAGGAGAGAUUAGCAGCUCCUGCUCAAAAGACCAACUGGAAACGGCUUUAUAUCCGCAGAAGCGGCCUCAACUUACAAGUAUCCAACACACUGGAUGAAGUCAUUCGAACCAAGGUCCACCGUGGUCGGGGCUUCGAGGCUGUAAGUCAGCUUGGCUACGAUGCCAAGGAUGUUCUUCUGGAACACUGUCAAGCACCCACCACUGCUGAAGACUGGAUAGCGAGAAGGUACUUUAGCAAUGCACUCUUAGAUGCAGUUCAUAAGCACGCGGCCAUUCAAGAAUGGGAUUCACUUAUGCAGUCCCCUCGACUGUCCGACCCGCGGCUAGAAAGCAAACAACUUGAACGAGCCCUCGGCGCAUUUGAUCUUUUCGUCCUACAUGAUCAGCCUGGUGAUCUUGAUGAUAUUACGCGGAUGCUUGAUGAAAUUGCCACCUCUUUUCGGCUCAGCCAUAUAAACCUUCAAAAUUGGUCAACCCGUAAAAAGUCGUUGGAGUUGGUCCGCUGGCUUCGCGCCCGCGACCUCACGGGAUUACAUGAUCCAAAGAAGGAUUACCGCAACCUAAGAAACUGCCUUAUCGGCCAGGCCUUGCGCCAUCCAGAUCACGAUUCUCUCCCCAUCAUCUCCGCAGCCAUAUUUUGCUGUGUGGCAGCACGACUCGGUAUCAAUGCUAGCUCUUGCUCAUUUCCAUCCCAUGUACAUGCCGUUGUAUCCGCGCCGGCUGGCUUUACCUUGGACGGUGACCUCGUGGAUGAAUCGGACUCUCCGUCUCAGCGGAUGUUCCUCGAUCCAUAUGGCAGCGACGACGAGGUCCAAUUAGCGCACCUUGAAAGGAUAUUGGCCCAGUUGGGGUUUGCAGAGCAUACCGAACAGUUCAUCACCCCGGUUCCCGCAUCAAAAAUGGCAAUAAGAGUGGCACACAAUAUUUCGGCUUCUCUAGGGAUACCAGGUAUGCACGAUCAGCUGGCGCCUAGAAUAACCCAGCUCCUGUGCGGAAAUAGUCUUAUGAACGCUGAAGCUUGCUCUUACGCUGCAUCCUGGGCUUUAUUGAUACUAAAUCGCCCAAACCGGACGACUUGGCUUGAUCGGCUGGAGAAAUUCCUGCGUCGGUUCCCCGAUGUCUAUCCAGAGGAUGCGUGGCUGGUUGAAAAAUACCUGUGGCCGCGGUUCUGUGAGGUUGUCAGCAACCCGAGAGACGGAUUCGGUCGCCACCAUAACCGUCCCGGCGGCUCUAUCAACCCUUGGCAUUUUUGGCAAGGUAUGCGUGAUCUUGAUGGUACGCCGCCGCCUGUAUACCGAAGAGAUCGCUGCCAUAACCCGAGCGGCCCCUUGCUUGAAAUUGGCCAAGUUUUCCGGCAUCGUCGAUACAGGUGGCUUGGCGUCAUUACUAGCUGGGAUGAGAGGAUGUCGCGAUCAAACUACUUUGACCUAACUCCUGAAGUCCCAGCAACCGCUCCGCCUGUUCCGCCCGGGACCUCUCGCUAUGGGUUCUUUUAUAGUUGCAUAGCUGCUACAGAGCCAGAACCGCAUGUUAUAUCUGGUCGUAACAUCGAGCCCAUCUCUGAUCCGACUUUGGUUACGGAGGACAUGUUCCCAACGGCUGGAAAAUACUUCAAAAGAUUUGAUGCCGCCACCUGCAAGUUCAUUUCUAACAUUCGAGAGGAGUUUCCACAGGAUUAGACCUUUCCCUCUUUCACCUUGAUUAUGAUAUAUACCCUUCCAAUUACGAGAUACAUGAUGGUAAAACUGGAGUCAGUUACGAAAGAUUUAUGGCUGUGAGCUUGGCGAAAAUGAUUGUCCCUUCGCUGGUGUCUGGAUUUCUUCUUCUUCCUUUUGACUUGGCUCGGCUGGAGGCAAUAAAUACAUCUUACUGGUUUCUCAAAGAUGUGAGAGGAGAGAAAAAAAAAAGGACAAAAACUGGUAGAUAGAUUAUACAGUAAUCACUUACUUGGUUGGUGAGCGAUAUUCUUACAUUUACGGCUUACUGUAGGAGACUGGUCCUAGAUUUCGCAUAUGUCAUACAGCG